AUGCAGACUAUUGUUGACCGUUCAGCCAAUAAUGGCUAUUCUUAUUACGCCCGCCCUAAAAUGAAUGGAGGAGGUACUUAUGGUUACAAGUACGAGGAAGGUGGUUUUCAUAGUGUAAAUGGGGGUAAUGGUCAACGUCCUAGUGACAAUAGAGACCAGCAGAGAGGAACCUUCAAUGGUCGUAGCGGAAAUGGGCGAAACGGAAAUGGAGGUCGAUACAAUAACGGUGGUAAUGGUGGUGGUAAUAAUGGAAAUGGGAAUAAAAAAGUUUAUGUUCCAUCUAAUUACCGAACCCAAGAGGAACUCGUCUUUAGAGUUACGAAUGUACAGGCUGAGGCCACAGCAACUGAUUUAAAAGAUUAUUUUAACUUGUUCGGAUCUGUGUAUAAAGUAAUAAUUGAAACGGCAGAAUAUAAUGGGGCUGAUAGAUCAAUUGGAGCGGCACUUGUUCACUUUAGACCGCCUCCACCACCAUUCUGGAAUAGAGAUGUAACUUUUCAUGGACGAGUUCUACAUUUGGAACAUUAUUCAUCAAAAAACAAUCACACACAUUUUAAGGACCCAAAUGAUGGUAAUAAACUUAAACUUCAGAAACAUAAUUUUAAUGCAGAAAGCAUUGAAAUGGGUGCGUUCUUGCAACCUGAUACCUUUGUUUCCGAAGCAAAAUUUACUGAAAAAGUCAAUUUUACGCUUGAUUACAAGCGACGUAUCAUUAAAGUCAUAUUCGUAGUUCAACGUACUCAUACUUUUAAGUUAGAGAUUCAAUUUAAAGAUUUGGACGGGGAAAUAAUUGCCGAGUGUGACGGAUCUCGAGCAAUUUUCACUGUCUCUAACAAAUUUCCAGCUAGAUAUUGGUUUCACAACGGUGCACAGAGAGUUAACAAUAAUUUUAGCUGGUGCUACGAUGAUUGUUGGAAACGAAAAACUGAAAUUCGUGUUGUACCACGAAGUGAAGAGGAAAAAUCAUUACCUCUACAAUUAAAUAUGCCAAAUAAAAGUGAUAAAAUUGGCAAGUGGAUCGUCUUUAGAAUUACAUUUGACCUUAAUUCUAUAAAAAAUGGCGAAACAGGAAUCAGGGAUAUGCUGAUCAAGGCUGGAGAAUACAACCUUGCAUCUAAACCUGGUGAGUUUAGAAAUCGUCCAAUUAAGGUUGUUAGGUCCGAUACGUUAGAAAAACAUUUGGAUAUAUCUAUGUUACAAUUCGAUGUCGCCUACAUGAUAGAAAGUAAUAUAUCACAUUACUUUCUAAACGAAUAUAAUCUUUCAGAAGAAUUCUGUAAGAUUUUGUCAAAGCAAUCACCAGGAAUUGCAGUUAGAAUAUUAGAAACUAUAUCAGCUCGUAAAAAGCGUAUUUUUGAUCCUCUGACAAUUCUCAAAAAUGAGAUUUGGAAACUUAUGAAUGUUGAUGUGAAAGCAAAGUAUGUUCCUUCUUACUGUGUAAUGAUGCGAAAAGUGGUUGUCACCCCCACCACUAUGUAUAUAUUACCGCCUUCUAUGGAAACAUCCAACCGUGUGAUUAGACAUUUUCAAAAUUGUAAAGACAAUUUCUUACGUGUGCAAUUCAACGAUGAAGCAUCUGGAAAAGUUGGUGCCAACUCGAGUAAUGAUGCAUUAUAUAAUAGGAUAUAUCAAACACUCGUUAGUGGCAUUAAGAUUGGUGAUCGACAUUAUGAGUUCCUGGCAUUUUCUUCCAGUCAGCUGAGAGAUCACUCUUGUUGGUUCUUUGCUCCAACAGAUCAAUUGACAGCUGAUGAUAUUCGAAAUUGGAUGGGUGAUUUUUCAGGAAAUUGUGUUGUCGCCAAAUAUGCAGCCCGUAUGGGCCAAUGUUUCUCUAGUACUCGUGCAAUCGCCUACUUACAAGUAAACGAUAUUGAAUUAAUACAAGACAUAUAUAGGGGUAAAUACAAUUUUUCAGAUGGUACAGGAAAAAUUUCAUAUGGAUUAGCUAGAACCAUAGCCCAGAACUUGGAAUUGAAACAUACACCUUGUGCCUUUCAAUUCAGACUUGCAGGCUAUAAAGGUGUUCUCUGUUUAUCUCGCUAUUUACAGGGAAAUAAGAUUCAAGUACGGCCUAGCCAAUGUAAAUUUGAAUCUACACACCAAGUACUUGAAGUCAUUAGAGGGUCAUGUAUGAUUACUGCCUUCCUCAACCGACAAGCCAUAACCUUAUUAUCUACAUUAGGAGUUCCUGAUGAAGUUUUUAUUGAAAUGAAAAAUCAACAGGUCCAAGAAUUGGAUAAGAUGCUUAAGAGCGAUCACAUGGCGAUGAGUGUAUUGCUCAAAAACGCUGAUGAACAUGGGAUGACUCGUAUAAUGUCUGACCUUGUGAAAGCAGAAUUUUUGCAAAGAAAAGAUCCUUUCCUUAUUAACCUUCUUGCACUAUUUCGUAUUAUGAUGUUAAGGGAUUUGAAGAAAAAAGCAAAGAUUCGUGUUGAUGAUGGAGCCUUUUUAUUAGGAGUUUUAGAUGAAACCAAUUCUUUAAGGGAAAACCAAAUAUAUUGUUGUAAGUCAGAUCCACAAAAUCCAAAUGUAAGACAAGUAAUUACGGGAACUUGUAUUGUGUAUCGUAAUCCUUGCUUUCAUCCCGGAGAUAUUCGAGUCGUUACAGCUGUAGAAUGUAAAGAGUUAGAGUAUCUUGUUGAUGUCGUAGUAUUUCCAGCACAAGGAUUUCGUGACAUUCCAAGUCAAUGUAGUGGAGGUGAUCUCGAUGGUGAUGAUUUCACUAUCAUCUAUGAUAAAAGACUUAUUCCUAAAAUAAUAAACUUUGAACCUAUGAAUUAUGAGGCGCCAAAACCAGAGACGGUUGAUCUAGUUACAAUUGAUCAUAUUAAAAAGUUUUUCGUAAACUAUAUUUGUACGGAUCAGCUAGGAUCCAUCGCUAAUGCGCAUGUAGCAAAAGCUGAUAUGGCAGAAAAUGGGGCAUUUCAUGGACAAUGUAUGCGCCUGGCUCAGCUUCAUUCUGAAGCAGUAGAUUUUCCAAAGACUGGUAGCCCAUUGGAAUUCCCUAGUGAACUUAGGGUGAAUCGCUUUCCAGAUUUUAUGGAAAAGCCGGACAAACCUUCUUAUCCAUCUCAAAAAGUCCUCGGAACACUUUAUCGAUCGAUAGAAGUCAAUGAUUUUAAUCCUUAUACAGAUAUUCUUUUUGAUGAACGAUUGUUGGUUCCAGGAUAUGAAGCAUAUGUGAAAGAUGCACGUGAAUGCAAACGAGAUUAUGAUUCAGAAGUACGUGGGUUAAUGAAUCAAUAUGGAAUAUCCUCUGAAUAUGAGGUCGCCAGUGGUUUUAUUGUCAACACUAUUCUUAAAGUGGAAAAGAAGAAACCACGUGACAUACAAAAAUCGGUAUCAGAUAUGAUCGCAGUUAUUAAGAGGCUUUAUAAAAAAAGAUUUGAAAAAGAGUUUUAUAUAGAAGGAGCGGAGGGAGCAAAUAUUAUAUCACCAGAAUCUCGUGGUCUUAUGGAGGCUAAAGCUUCAGCAUGGUAUUACGUUACUUAUCAUAAAGAAGAAAUUGGAGAUGAUCCAUCAGAUCAAAUGAUAUCCUUUCCAUGGAUUAAUCAUGAGAUUUUAUGCCAAAUAGCUAUGAGGAACAGUGGUAAAAAAAGAGCAUUAAAUGAUCUUUAUAAUCAAGAUAAAAAAAACUAUCGAGCAUCAAGUUCGGCGAGUUCAUCGAGUUCCACUAGUUCCUUUAGCUCUUUCAGCUCAUUUAAUUCAUCUAGUUCGAGCUUUAACAACUAUAAUACGCAAAGAGAAACAAACGAUUAUAGUUUCAAUUCCGAAUACCUUGAAAACCAAGGUGAUGGAAUGGAUAGGCUUAUUAGUAGUAUUGCUCGGAGCAAUCAAUCUCGGAUGAAUUAA